AUGGAUCCAUCGAAGCGUAUCUGCCUAAAGAACAUCCCCCCGGACUGCACCAAGCGUGAGAUCGCGGAGUUCAUCCGCAACCGCACGGGUGCGCAGCCGCACAGUAUUGACUUGGGCCUCGACGCGGACGGCAGGCCCCGCCGCUACGCCCACUUCUCGGCGGAGGGCGCGAGGAACAUCGUGCCGGUCCUCAGCGGCGCCACUUGGCGCGACUGCACCAUCACCGCCCUGCCCGCCCGGCCGCACUACACCCACCGACUCGCGGAGGCCCGGCGCCGGCAGCAGCAGGCCGAGCAGGAGGCGGAGGAGGCGCGCGAGGCCCACUGGCGGCACUGCACGGAGAAGUGGCUCGCGAAGACCGGCGGCGUGCUCCCAGCGGGGCGGGGGCCAAAGUCCUUCUACGCGACCAGGCAACGCUACGCCGCCGUGGCCGCGGAGAUUGCACGGAAACUGCGGGAGGAACACAGGAGUAAACACUAUACACAGAAUGGAGAGGCAGCGGGGAAGAACUACCAUUACGCUCAACAAGGAAGAGAAGAAGCUGGAGAAGGAGGAGGUAUGGCAUUAUCUACAACGGAGAAUGUGGAGGGGAAUGAGGAACGGCGGCCGCGUAUGGGCGAAAACACAAAAUCGAAUCAACACUACAAACAUCCACGCAGUAAAGGUGCCUUUUCAUCAGCUAAAGGGGCAAAGAAGCCGAGAACGGAAUCUACUAAUAAAAAUACUACGACUACUACUAAUAAUACGACCGCAGAGAAAAAGAAGGAGCCUGAGAAGCCACCAGCACCUUCGAAGGAGGAGCGGAAACUCUCAGGCUUACAAGCGAAACUAGCCGCACUGCGUGCAAAGAUGAAGUGA